GACAUGGCAGCAACAACAAUACUACACUCGUCUCAUCCUCUGGACGCUCCUCUCUGCGGUCACGCCGCGGCCAUGUUGAACAGACAGAUGUUUGUGUCGGGCGGUUGUGACUCUCAUCUGCGCUGCUAUCCGAGUCUGUGGCUCUACGACCCGGUGCACGGCUGCUCAAAACGCGCACCUAUGACAGAGGGAGUGGGAUGGGCAGGUCACGUGAUGCUGGUUUCGGGACAGCGAUUGGUCGUGGCUGGGGGGUUGCAGUCAAUGUGGGCGGGGUUUGAAGUCCAGCUGCAGUGCGAGUCGUACGAUCCCGCUCGUGACUCCUGGACGUCUUUCCCCGUCCUGCCCCAACCGCACAUCUCACCCGCGGCAGCUCUUGGCGGACAGCUGUACAUUUUGGGAGGCUCUUUGGCUGAUUCGGCCCGUGAUACUCCAUGGGUGCACCGUUACGAUCCACAGGCAAAGUGCUAGGACAAACUGGGA